AUGUUGUCUACAAUGCAUUAUUCGACUAUUGGAAAUGCCAAAAUUUAUCAGGCAAAGAAAUGCCGCCUAAACAAAAACACCAAGUUUCCACUAGAAAAUGUGGAACUUGUUUGCAUUUUGGAUAGACGAAUUCUUCUACAAUCAAGGAAGGAAAAAGUUGUGAGUUAAAUGAACUAAAUUGUAUAAUCUGAUAUAUAUAUGUAUAAGUUUCAGAUUCGCGUCGAAGAUUCUGUAAGUAAUAUAACAAUCUACGAGGAUAAAGGAUUUUUUUACUUGUCCGAGUUGGAUAUUGAUAAAGAAAUUGAUGAAUGCCCGGUGUUGGGAUUUUAUUUCAACAAUGUUGAAGUUCGGGUGAGGUGUAAAACUUUUACAACAGUUCAAUUUACAAUUUUCUCACUGAUUCAGAUAUGCUUCGAAGAGCUCACAAUAGUUUCAAGACUCAACCAAAUGAAUGAAGAUUGUAUCAAACCAGAAUUCUUGGACCAAUUUUGUAAAGAUGAUCUAGAAGUUGUACAAUCAACGAAAAGAAAGAAUGUCGAGCCGAAGAAGGAGAAAGAAGUACAAACCGGGCAAGAAUUAGCUGUUGAACCGACAAAAUCUGCUGAGGAGCCAACUAGGAAGAAAUUGAAGCCGGAUUCGCCAAAAGCUCCUUCAAAAUCUGAAAUUGCCCGAGCCGCAGAUUCAGAAGAAGAAGAAGACGAUAAUUAUUCGAAAAUUCAUAAAAUCGUUCAAUCAGAAAAGAAGAAGAGAUCUAGAAGUUAUACAGAGGAUGAAGAUCUAGAAGUUGUACAAUCAACGAAAAGAAAGAAUGUCGAGCCGAAGAAGGAGAAAGAAAUACAAACCGGUCAAGAAUUAGCUGUUGAACCGACAAAAUCUGCUGAGAAGCCAACUAGGAAGAAAUUGAAGCCGGUUUCGCCACUUUCGCCAAAAGCUCCUUCAAAAUCUGAAAUUGCCCGAGCCGCUGAAUCAGAAGAAGAAGAAGACGAUAAUUAUUCGAAAAUUCAUAAAAUCAUUCAAUCGGAAGAUGAUAAUGAAUCUUCAGUUUCGCUCGAACUUAUCAACGAAGAAAAUGACGUAGAGGCUCCAAGUUCCUCGACUUCUGCAACAUUCAACAUAAAAAGAUGUAAUGUUAUUACUAGUACAAAGCUCGAUGCAGAUAUCAUCCGCGACCAAUCUUUUGAAAUCCUUCGUCAAAGAAUCGAUGAAUUAUUAACAUGCGCCAUUGCUUAUAAGACUAAACCAGUGAGUUUUUUACUUCUUCUAAUUUUCGAAAUCGUCCGAAUUUUUCCAGUGCAGCUCCCAAUAUAUAAGCUUUGGCCAUCAAAAAGUUCAUAAAAGAGCAGUAGCAGAUUUCAAAGAGCAAAUAGAGAAUGGACGUGUCAUAAGCGAGGAGCCAGUGAUUUCUGUUUAUGAAAAAGAGUGAGUAAAUGUUACUUUUGUUUUGUUUUGAAGUCUUCAAAAAGUUAGUUUUACGUGAAUAUAAACUUUAUUUCCAGUGACGGGACGUUCGUAGUGCUCGAAGGAACUGAUCGUGUUGCGGCCAUGAAACAUUUCGAACCGCUGACGGUGCGUUGGUUUUUUUGCCAGUUAUAUAAUAUUUAUAACAUUUUUAUAGGUACGCGCAAAUCUUGUUGAGCCCGGUGACAUCAAUCGGUUUUUGGUCAAGCAGUUCAUUGGAUGUGGUGAUCACGUAACAAUUUAUGAAAAGGUAUAGUUUUUUUUUGUAUUAUCUCAAAAAAAAUCAAUUUUACAGAUAAAAAUUUGCAAAAUUAUGUUGAAAAUGGUUGGAGCCAAAAAUCCAUCGUUGGUUUGGUCUGACAAACACAUCAAUUUUGUGUUCGAAAAAGUUGUUAGGGUAAAGUUCAUUUAAGUUUUCAAAUUUCUCAAAUAUGGGCGAAAAAGAGCAAAUAAAAAAAUCCAAUUUAUUUUCGAAACGUGAAAUUAAUCGCCCUAAUGGGGUGAUUCAAUUCGUUUUUUUACGAAUAGUUGACAGAAAAUCCGAGUCAUUUUUAGGAAAUUACAAAUGAGGAAUUGCAAUAUGAAAUAGAAUUUGACCUUUUUUCGAAACGUUUUCUAAAUUCUCUGGUUGUUUUUUUUUGAAUUCAUUUCGAAAUGAAAAAAAUUGAAGGAAGAUGAUUUUUUGUUGAUAAUUCCAACUCAUAUAAGUCACGUUUUAAAAUAUAGGCCAAAUAAAUUAUAUUUUUAAUGUAAUUGAUAGAAUUUUUCGCCAAGAAAUGAAAGCGAGGAAUUGACGGUUUUUUGUCAAUUAAUUGACAGAAUUACGUCGAUUAAUUCGACUGAAUCACCCCAUAACGCAUUUUGACAUUUUUUUUUGCAGAAAAUACCUAUUCCAAUUAUCAAACUCUGCUUUUGCGAUGAACUCACCGAAAUUGUUGAAAAUACAAAUGGAAAAUUCACGGUCUCCCAGGAAGUUGUUCAAUCAGCUACAUCGGCCUACAAACGAAGGCCUGAAGAGUGUAAAGAAGUUUUUGAUGAAUUCAUGAAGAUGCAAAAAAUACAAAACAAACUUUUAUCGAAAGUAAUGAUUUAUUCCGCGAAAUGAAUAUUUUAGAAAUAACAUCAAUGCAUUUCAGAGAUUGAAACGCAUAAUUCCAACAGCCCAACAAUCACUAUCAGCAAAAGGAGUUAGGAAAACUUUGAUCGAUAGCUUUAUCACUGAUCAUUCUGGCGACGUUAGAUUGGAUGAAUUCGGAUGGUGAGUUUUUACUUUAAGGGUUUCUAGAUGGAAUUUUUUACGAAAACACUUUUGUGAGUUUUAACUCGAAGAAAUCUGGCAUUUCUAAAUUUAAAAUCAUAGAUAUUUCGUCUAAAUCUGAAUAUUUUUGUCAUUGGAUAAAUGAAAAUAAGGAAAUUGUCAUGGGUUAAAUAAUUGACCAUACUUCUCCACAAAUUAUUAAGUAACUACUGGAAAAUGUAAAAAAAAUUUCAGCUGGUUUCCUAAUCGAAGUGCUAGGAACACAAAACCGUCUACAAUUCAUGAGAAAUGGUUGCAGUUCUUAGAUGAAAAAUACGCUGAUCAAAAAGUAUAUGGCACAGUGAAUGUUCACGACAAGGACACCGAGCCACAAUUCGAAGCCAUAAUUAUUCAUAACACAGUAAGUUUACGAAUAAUAAUUGCAAAUACAAGAUCAUACAUCAUUGUUGUUUGCUUCCCAGAAAAUAUUAUUAUUCCUGCGUAAUUAGAAUCUCAAUACAUAUUUUUUACAGAAUCACCCGUUAUUCAUCACACCAAUCCAGAACUCCAUUUAUUAUAUUCUAAGCGACAUUCCCAACAAUUACACAACUCAAUUCUUCAUCAGUGUAGAUUCGGAUUACGCGAUUGACGAGGAAUUUGGUCGUAAGUUGCAACAAGAGAGUUCCGAGAUUUUUUUUUUUUUUCAGCGUCCAACAAUCUCGUUUCGAUUUACAUCAUUCAAUUUGAAGACGGUGAGAUGUUAUCUCAAAAACAGUAUUAUCAAAAUUUCCAAGAAAAUGGGAGAGGAGUUGGUCGGAAAUUCAUGGAGUGUAAAGAUCUCAACCAUCUUUUUCAUAAGAAUGUCUACAUUGAUUGCCCUCAUGUUCCACCAGGUAUUUUAUUUCAAUUAUUUGAAUACACGUCACAAAAAAUACAACUUUAUAAAAACAAAACACGUUCAAAAACAUUUUCGUCAGAAAAAGUUUGAUCAUCAUUAAAAAAAUUUAAAAACAGAACAUGUCUAAUUUUUUUCCGUGGAUUGUCUCAUCAGUUUCUUUUUUCAGCUGUGGUUCACAAAAUGGUUGGUGAUUCUGCCAAUAUUUUUGUCGACGAUGAAAGUUCCAAAAAGGCAUAUGAAAAACUUCGGCAGACAAUCAAAAAUCCAACAGUUGCCGUAACACUUUCAAAGGAACAAUCCAAAAACGCGUCAAAAUCAAAAUCUACUUCAAAAUCGAAGCCAUCAUCUUCAAAAUCGUCAAAAUCGAAAUCUUCUUCAAAUUUGAUGACAUCACCUUCAGAACCAUCUUCUUCGGCCUGA